AUGGGUACCACUCUCCAAUACGCCGUUGGGGGUACCUUCGCCACCACUGCAGUGGUCAUUUGUAUCACCUACGUCGCCAUCUUCAAUGUCAUCAAUGACAUCAACGACUUCCAAGAUGAAAUCGAAAAAGAUCUGGAUCAGUUUAAGAACUUCGCCGACGAUGCUUGGAAGACAAUAAUGGCUGCACAACCACCAAGACAGAAGCGAGCCUCACAAGCCUCACAAUCAAAGAAAAGAGCUGCAUACUCAGAAGGACCACCUGGACUGCCUGGACAUCCCGGAGAAGAAGGCAUGCCAGGAAUGCCCGGAGGAGCAGGACAAAGCGGACAUGCAGCGUCUAUGGGGCAUGCUAUGGGAUGCAUCAGCUGCCCUGCCGGCCCACCAGGUCCACCUGGCCCAGAUGGUGCUCCGGGACCAGCUGGACCAAGUGGUAAUCCAGGAAUGGCCGGAAAUGGAGGAGGAGGAGGUGCCCCUGGACCAGCUGGAGCUCCUGGUGCGCCCGGAGCAAAUGGAAAUCCUGGAGCCCCUGGAAUGGAUGGAGCGCCUGGAUCGCCAGGAACUCGUUCAAUGAGCAUGCCCGGUCCUAUGGGUCCACCUGGACCACCAGGAGCACCCGGCAUGCCAGGUAUGGAUGGCGGUCACACAGGAGGCGGAGCACCUGGACCUGCAGGAGCGCCGGGACCAGCAGGACAACCUGGAGCACCAGGAGCUCCUGGAGGUGUGGGACAAGCUGGAAUUAGUGGUGCACCAGGAGGUGAUGGAGCAUACUGUCCAUGUCCCGCCAGAACUGGUUCUGGAUUUGGCGGUGCUGUUGGGGCAGGUGGAGGCAACGGAUUCACCGGCAAUUCCGGUGGAGGCGGAAGCAACGGAUUCAGUGUAACCACUCAAUUUGGCAGCACUGGUGGAGGUGGAAACAGCGGAUUUGGCGGAGCCUCUCAGUUCAGCGGACCCGUCGGUGGUGGUGGCGGCGGCAUGCACGGCAUGAACAGUGCUCCAUACAAAAAACGCGUUCGCGUGUAA